UCCUGGAUCAAUUAGCGCACAGACGUUUCUAUAUUAAUUAUUCAGUAUCUAUUCUGUUAAUUGUACUUACAAAUUCAUAUUUCAUACAUUACUGGCAAAUUACCUUGCAAUAUUAUUUCUUAUUAGUUACUUAUGUUAUUAGUUAUUAUAAAUAAGAUUUAAAUAAAUACAUUGUUACUGUACGUUGCCGGCGAUAUUCUCGCCUUAUAAAUAAUAUAACAUCGGAUAAUAAAUUCAGUGCUGUAUUUGCGUGGAGAUAUAUUAUAUUCGGUAUAUACCAAGACUAUCCUGAUUUUUGUAUCUUCCGGAAACGUUAUUCUUAGUGUAUGCUUACGUGACCAUUGACUUGGAAUUCCCGAUCCAAUCAAAAUUUUUCAUGCGAUGCAAUAUAAAGCUGAUUACGAUUAUAUGGCUCAUAGCUACCGUAAUAUUUGAAGGUAUAACAGCUAACACGAAAAUAUGAUAUUCCCAAUCGCUAUAGUUAUUAUCACUCAAUGGUUUGGCAUACAGGGAUUCGUUCCUAUAGUUUUCGAGGAUAUCGUAUUUCCGGUUUACAAUAAGGAAUAUUUUACAGAACCUGAAGGUUACAUAACUAAUGAGAAUACAUUGGCUCUGAAUUUCACGAUAAUUAAAUUACUUCCGAUAGAAGCUCAGAUUCAUUCUGUAUUAAAAGCAGCAUCAAUGGGUGAAUAUGUUGUGGAUACUGGAAUCGAUAUAGUGAUGGACUUGUGUGAUAUAAUCGCGGAACCUAUUUUAGCGGCUGGUAUGUUUCAAGAAUUAGGAUUUUCUCCAGACCAUUGCCCACCUGAAAUUGUUCAGGUUUUCGUACGUCCUGAGCGAACGAAUGGAACCCGUAAUCUCUCUAAAGAAACUCCAGUCCACAUUAGUCGAGUUUCAGUAGCAAAUAACAACAAAACACUUGAAACCUGGGUCAACGAUUAUUUGAACGGCGCACAUCAAUCAUUAUUCAAUGUGACUUUGAGAAAUAGAGAGAUUAUCUUGGAACAAAUCAAAAAUGCCACCGUUGUUUACCUUGAAUUAGAACCACUUCCGGCAUUGCCGCCUCAAUAACACGAGCAACUAUUUCAACAAACACAAAACUACACGUAGAGAAAUUUAUGGUGACAACUACAAUUGAUUAUAGGAUAGUUCCCAUAACGUAUGGUAACCAGUUUUUUUGAAAUAUCCACUGCAGGAAUGAUACUUUUACAAAUCAUGGUAACAAUUUCCAUUCCCGUUUAUAUAGUUCUCAUUCUUUUAUAAUAUGGAAAUAGUUACAUAUAAUUAAGGUAAUCUGUAGGGGUGAGUGGGGUCAAUUGAACCAAAAAUACUUCAACUUUUUUUUUUUUAGAUGAAUAAAAGCAAAAUGAUCUUUUUUUUUUUACGAAAUUAUACUUUAUUGUAUAGACUAUCAUUUCUCUUAACAGGGGAUAUCAAAUAUUUUUAGCUGAGUUUUUUUCGCAAACGAAAUCUCUAAAUACAAAAUACAGGCUGUACAUCGAUGUACUACUGUCUAAUCUAGCAAAGUGCGCUUCAAUUACUUGAUAAUAUUCGUUUGUUUAAGAGAAAAACUCGGCCAAAGUCUCCAUUUACUGCACAAGUGCGACAAAGAUAGUACUGUUCGAGGACUUGAGUGUAACAGAGAGAUAAGUGCGAACCCCUGAUAAGCACAUAACUUAACAAAUGAUGAAAAUUUUUAAAAAAUACGAAAUUGUACAACUGCAUCGAAUGGUUCAAUCGUCCCCUUUGCGGGGGCAAUUGGACCACUAGUCGGGGACAAUUGAACCAAGAGUAUUAGAACCACAAACGAAUGGAUUUAAUGAAUAAUUUACUAUUGCCCGAGAAAAAAAGUUCUUAUAUGAUCAUAUAUAAAUCAUAUAAAAGUGACUCAUAUAAAAUCGUAUAAAGUUUUAUAAUGAAAUUGGUCCUAUAAAAACUUAUAUGACUUUAUAAAAUCUUAUAUAAUCAUAUAAAAUCUUUUAUAAUCAUAUAAAGUUAUAUAUACUCAGUAAAAAAUGAUUUUACCUAAUCAUAUAUACAAUAACAUAGAUAUGAUUAGAUCUCAAAAUUGGCAGGAUCUGAUGAUAUAUAAUUAUAUAUAAUCAUGCAUGAACAAAAAAAAAAACACCUAUCGGUUAAUUGCUAUUUUGCCAAAUGGUCACCCAUCCAACUAAUGUUCUGCCUCAAUGCUGCUCAACUUUGAUGAUCGCUUGAUUGUCGUCUGCUUCUCUAGUCUGCUUUACCCUUAUAAGUAUAUAACAUCCUACAUCAAUAAUGCACCAAAUAUGAUCAAAUUUUAUCACAUUUAUGUUUUAUAUAAAAUUAUAAGUUUCUUUAAGAUAACCUGCUUAUGAGACCAUAGAAAUUUAUAUAUAAGAAUCAUAAAACUAUAUAAACUUUUAUACAAUCAUAUAUGAUUUUGUAUAACCGUAUUAAACUCUUUUGUAAUCAUACAAAUUUAUUUAUAACUUCAUAUAAAAUCACAUUAAUUU